AUGGGGAGCUGCUCCAACCCUCCUAGCAAGAAAGAUGGCACGACGCUGAAAGAGAUGAUGGACAGUGCUGUAGCGAAGCAUGCUCUUGCACCCGCAGAGGAGACCCUGGCACAGCAGCUGCAGCAGGUGGAGACGUCGAUGAGCAACGUCCUCAAGAACGCAACAGCGAUGAUUGAGUCACUUAGGAGCCAGAUCGAGCUCGGGCUCGAGAGCUCCGUGUGCGAUAACGAGCAGGCAGUGGCAACAUCCAAUCAAAGUUUCAAGGAGCGACUGAGGGGCGUGAUGACGGACAGGAGCAGCUGCUCCCAGGAUCAUGCUACCAUAACCUUCAUGUCAAGCGAUGGCAGUACUAAGAACGCUUCCUCGAUUCCUGUCGCCAUUCAGAACUCCUUCUACUCUGAGUUCGUCAACCCGUCUGUACCCUACCUGCAGGGCAUCAGGUUUACAGAGAUGGAUGGCAGCAGCAUGGAGCUUGCAGGAGAGCGCAAGGUUGGGGAUGGCCGUCGCUCGCCCUCCUUCUUGAACGCCAGUCAGGCGAGGAAGAAGCUGCUGGUGGUCAUGGACAACUCGAUGCGCUUGCGGGGGGAGGAGGGAUGUGCGAGGAUGAAGCAGGUGGUGAACGGACUGGUGGACACGCUGCUUCCCAAUGACGUUGUGAUGCUCUAUACCUCCUCCUCCAGCAUGACCGUCACCCGUGGCUUCACCUCCGCCUCCUAUCACAACAAGCUCAUCCUGCAGUCGAUGAUCAGCGAUAUCGAGUGCGAUGGGGCUCUGGACUCUUAUCUCUGGCAGAAAGAGCUUCAGAACGCAUCCUCCUACUUCAACAGCUCCGAGUGCUCCUCUCUCGUUUGCUCAGUCGUCGCAGUCAGUGACUUCAGGCUUCAAGUCUCCUCCUCCUUACGCUCCUCGAUGGCAGAUCUGAACUAUUCCUCCUCGCAUGUUCACUUCUUCAUGUUCGCGAUAAGCCCGCAGAUGUACAACCUCAAAGCAUUCUCCUGCUUGCUUAAAGGGGUCGAGUUUCACUUCUCACAAUGGAACCAUUCCAGCACAAGAGAUCAAAGCUCCUACCUGCUAGACGUGCUCACCGACUACUUCAUCAUCAUGGCUGCUCCUCUUGCUGCGAGCCCGGAGCUCUCGAUAAGCUUACCCUACGCAUCUGCUUGCGGCCGGACAGAACUGAUUGCAAUAUCGACGCCGUGCUUUCAGAAUCGAAACUCUUCGUCUCCGCAGCUUCUCGGAGUUGUGACUGUGGAGCUUGUGUACAACGAUCCCACCAACACUUCCUUUCAGGGGCUACGCACGCACAUGCUUAACGUCAGAAUGAACAAGACGGUACUGAACGCGCACCAAAGCUUCCAGGUGUUCCAGAGGAGCGUGAGCCCAGGCGUGCUGCUUGUGAGCGAAGAGGCUCUCGCCUCGUACCAUGGAAGGAAUCAAAGCGUCGCUUCCGUCGCUGGAGACAUCCGUUACUCCCUGAAUGAGUGGACGGGGGGUCAGCUCCUGUCCUCUGGUAAGCUGCUCGACAUCCUCUCGCUUCCUUGGGGUUCCGAUCAUCAGAUCCUCACCAAACGUGAGCUGGUGAACCUGCCGACAUGGCUCUUUGAACCGCAGCCCAACCAGCAGAUCAACUUGACCUACACUUGGCGGCACAUGAAACCUUACACCCUUCUUGUGUUGGUCACCUCGUGGCAAAUCUAUACGCCAGGCAAGCGCCCUGAAUCUCUUCGUCUGACCUCUCGAGUCAACACGCUGCUGUCUCUCAGCUGUAACGACUCUGUGCGAUGUUUGAGCUGGAGUCCAGCCCAGCCGAUGGUUUCAUCCAUCUUCAUUCCCCCGAGCAGGUUCGUCAGUCCCAUGGAGGUGCGCACUGAUGGGGAGGCGAGCCUGCGUCAGGCAGCCUGUGCUUCCUCGCACAACACCUCGGAGUGCGACAAGUCUCAAGCGGAGGCUCGAGGAUGGGAGGCCUUGCUCAAGGUCCUCAACAGCGUCGUGUAUCACUCGAGCAGACAAGUAGCCCGCGACCUCUUGCUGGAGUAUCGAGCUGACGGUUGGCCUUGGCAGAUGACAGGAGGAGGAGUCACAAGUGAGGCUUACCUGCAAGCUCGAUUCUCCGCGUUAGUUGAGUCAGCAUGGAACUUGACUCGGGUCAACGCUCGCUGCAUCGACAGCGUCUUCUUCUCGACCAACGCUGGGGUGUACCGGAAGUUGUCGGUCACCAAUCAGUCAUCAAGCAGUAUCACGGCAAUUGACCCCACCAGGCAGCCCUGGUUUACCCGAGGCCUCCUCGACUCCGAUGCCCUUCACCUGACCCCCUCGACUUUGAGCUCCAGCUUGCUCCUGUCGCAGUCGCUGCCGUACGAGGGGACGGGAGGAGCGCCGGGAGUCGUCGGAGUAGUUGGCUUGCAGUUGUGUUGGGAUGCACUGAGACGGAUGAUGUUUGAAGCAGAGAGCUUUGAGAUGAGGGGGCGGGUCGAGAUGAAUGUUUGCAACCGAAACGUGUUUCCAGGGAACCGUUGCUACUUGAUCGACAAACAUGCUUUGAUUCUGUUGGACGCGUCCUCUUCCUCCCCGGUCAAGCAGUUUCUGGGGGAGAAGGAGCCUGCGGUGGUACAGGUGCUGGUGGAAGAGCAGGUGCUUGAUCGGGUGCUCGACACGCUCGUCGUAAGCAGUGAGGCUGCAGACUCAUCAACGUUGGCGUACAAGGUUGCCGAGCACAAGCUUCCCUUCUCCUCCGACCGGCUGGGCGGCAGCGACAUCAGGCGAGUCUCUGUCGUCGGGCUCAAGUCAACCAACGGCUUGCUCCUCCUCCUCGAGGGUGCCGAGGCCGGGAAAGUCUCCCAGCAGCUGCUGGACCCCGUGCAAGCUCUGCUGGAGGUCAGGCGGCCAAGUGUCGCUGCCAGUGUGUCGAGAGGGCUCGAGGACUUGCAGCAAGCAACGCCGAGGGACGUGGAUGUGUCCGCCUCAGAACGUCUCUUCCUCCUCGUGCUGUCUCUGCAAGACUGUCCUCCUGGGAUGAACAGCACAAACUUCACAGCGCUCUCUGCUGUCCUCGCCUUCGUCCUCGCCACGCUGCUGCUCCCGGCCUGCUGCGCAAGGAGCCACAGGAAGCAGGUCAUCCGGCGGCAUCUGCUGCACCUGCCCAAGCAAGACACAAGAGCGUCCUUCGGUCAGAUGAAGAGCGAGCUGCUGCUGAGCAUCAAGCGUCACGAGAUCGGGUCGGUGGAUGACUACUACCAACUAAUGGAGAUGUUUGCCAGACUGCUCAGAGUGAUCGUCGAUGACAAGUGGCAGAACCUGGCGAAGCUGCGCGGCGAGCUGACUGACGUCUUGCUCAUCGUCUUCCGACUUCGGCUGCUCGUCACCAACCUCAAGAGCAGGAUCGAAGCUCACGAGUCCUCCUACGACGCGCUGCGCAGAGGGCAGCCCUCGCGCUUGGAGACAGACAUACAGACGCUGGUGAGCGCCAUCGAGGACUGCUUGGAGAGCAUCGAUGUAGAAAAGAUCAACCUGGAGGUGGAUGUGAGGGAGGACGCGGAGGGGUUGGGAGGUUCGCUUCAGAUGCAGGAGGAGGAGAAGCACUUCUACUCGGAGUUCUACCAGCACCUCUUCGACUUCCCUCAUGAUCACACCGGCUCUCAGUCGACGGCUUCUGUGAUGUGGGAUGACUCCAAGAACUUUCCAACUCCUCGCAAGAGUCAAAGGCGAUGA